GCUGGAACUCGAGGAAGGUUUUCGAAGCGGUACACCGUUUGGUGUUGCCGGCUUAUGGCCUGCAUCAUAUGUUAUUAUCUCUGUUUAUGAUCUAGUUUAUUGCGAUUAAAAAGUCAGACAAUUCCGAGUCAUUAGCGGUUGAGUAUUCGACUACUUGAUUAAGAAAACAAAGUCUAUCCAUCUGGCUGAACUCUAAGGGCAUUCCACAAAUGUUUAGUGAUCAACGGCAGCGCUGUUAGGCUGUUAUUGUUUAGUGAUCAGAGGCUAAGCGACGGCCUUCACAAAUAUAGCUGCUGCUAGCUUCGGGCUCGGAACAACUGUAAUGUGAAAACGAGAAACUCCUGUCCUUUCGGCGCAUCUCCUGGAGCUUGAUGUCUUUACAAGCAAAGGUAUAACUCAAAGGCUGACAAAUUAGUGAAGAUCGAUUAAAGUUUGAGGGCCGGUAUCGAACAUUUAGAUAGAUAGCCAUGCCCCUCAUUACCCCUCUCAAUCCAAUUCCGUGACCCCGCUCUCAUCUCCUCGUCCCCAAACUUCAAAACACCAAACUCUCCAAAAAUGUCACCUCUCGCAGCCCUUCGCGCCCAAAGGCAAACGAUCCCCGUACCCACACAAUCCUUCGCCGGCCAAACAAUCAUCGUAAGCGGAUCCAACACCGGACUCGGCCUAGAAGCAGCACGACACUUGGUCCGCCUCGAUGCCGCGAAAGUGAUCCUCGCAGUGCGCUCCAUCAAAAAAGGCGACGAUGCAAAAUCAUCCAUUGAACAGACGACAGGGAAGAAGAAUGUCGUGGAGGUCUGGCAAGUCGACAUGUCGAAUUACGAGUCCAUCAAAGCGUUCGUGGAGAAAUGUGAAUCCCUGGAUAGACUCGAUGUCCUGCUUGCGAAUGCUGGGGUGUUGAAGAAUACAUUUGAGUCUGCUGAAGGGACGGAGAUUACUAUUGCCGUGAAUGUCAUUGGAACGUUCCUCUUAGUUCUCAGCUUAUUUCCUAUCCUGAGAAAAUCGCAACAGACGACGGGGGUCACGCCGAGAGUUACUAUUACGAGCUCAAUUGUGCACGAAAAUGCCAAAUUUGCGGAGAGAAAAGAAUCAUCGAUAUUCGAAGCACUCAAGAAGAACAAUCAAGCGUAUAUCAACGAUCGCUACAACACGUCCAAACUCCUCGAAGUUCUCCUCGUCAGAUCCAUAUCUGCAGCGAUGAAACAAAGUCCAAAUGCAUCGACACCUGUGAUUCUCAAUACUGUCAACCCCGGGUUGUGUCAUUCAGAGUUAGACAAGGACAUUGAGGGAAUCUCUGGAUAUAUUUUCACAUUUCUCAAAAUGCUGAUUGCGCGAACGACUGAAGUCGGUGGUCGUACACUGGUGCAUUCUUGCGCUGCGGGGCCGGAGAGUGAUGGUCGGUACAUGAGCGAGUGUGUAGUCAAGGAGCCGAGCCCGUUUGUCAGGAGUAAGGAGGGCGCGGAGACUCAAGAGCGAGUGCACAAGGAGCUGAUGGAAAUUCUGGAGGAAAUCCAGCCCGGUGUUACGAGCAAUAUUUGAAGGAAGGCUUGAAAUGUUUGAAUGCGUUGGCAGCGAUUGUGUUGAUCAGGUGGAUUACCUUUGAUUGAAGUAUGCGCAUGUGUUUUGAUAUGUUUGUAUGAUCACUUGACUUGAAAAUAAUCAAUCCAUUGGAGGCACUGCCGAGGUUUGUUAAUGAUGAAGACCA